CACAGGGACACGCCCGAGGACAACGCCUCGCUGCCGUGGUCGUUCGACGAGGCGACCAAACCGAGGGUGGAUGAAAUCUUGGCGCGGUAUCCGACGAAUUACAAACGAAGCGCGAUGAUCCCGCUGCUCGAUCUCGCGCAGCGCCAGAACGCGGGACACCUGUCGCUGUCGCUGAUGAAUCACGUCGCGGAGAUCUGCGAGGUGGCGCCGAUACGCGUGUACGAGGUGGCGACGUUUUAUUCCAUGUUUAAUCGACAAAAGAUGGGCAAGCUGCACGUGAUGGUGUGCGGGACGACGCCGUGCAUGCUGCGAGGCGCGCGAGACAUCGAGCGCGCGCUGAGCGAAUACAUGGGGGUAGAGAAGUUUGAGACGACCAAGGAUGGGAUGUUCACGCUCGGGGAGAUGGAGUGCAUGGGGUGCUGCGUGAACGCGCCGAUGAUCGCCGUGGCGGAUUACAGAGCGGGCGUCGAGGGGUACUCGUACAAUUAUUACGAAGACUUGACCCCGCAAUCCGCCGUGCGCGUGUGCGAAGAGUUAAAGGCUGGGAAAUCGCCGCGCGUCGGGUCGCAAACGCGCGAUAAGGCGGAACCGCUCCCCGGGCAGACGACGCUCUUGGAGCCGCCGCCCGGGCCGCAGUGUCGCGACCUGAAC